GGCACUCAGCUGGGGGAAGCGGAAUGUUUGUACACAACCUUGAAGCUAUAAUGGCAUAACUGUCGCAAUACGCGCCAGAUCAACCGUGGUCAAGUUACUAGCGGUAAAAUGAAGAAAUCAAAGGAAGAAGCGGGCAAAGAGGACAAGAUGAAAAAACUGCUGGGCUUCACCUGGGAAGACAUCAGUAGCUGGAAUGCCUUCGUUCGACUUCUCAGUCGCCCUUCAGACCCUGCCCUUCUUGGGCUGGUACGAGCUUUAUAUGGAUUCCUGAUGGUACUGGACAUACCCCAGGAGAGAGGAUUAGCCAGUGCUUAUGCUAAAUUUGGAGAUUCAUUUGAGUGCAGAUUCCCAUUGUUCAACUUCCUGGAACCAAUGUCUAUGAAGUGGAUGUACCUGGUCUACUUGACCAUGUUGGCAGGUGCCUGUGGUAUAAUGCUGGGUAUGUUCUACCGCCUGAGCUGUCUGAUGUUUGUAUGUUCCUACUGGUAUGUGUACCUGUUAGACAAGACAGUCUGGAAUAACCAUUCCUAUCUCUAUGGUCUCAUUGGAAUACAGCUGCUAUUCAUGGAUGCCAACAGAUACUGGUCAGUGGAUGGCUUACUGAGGCCUAGUAUAAGAAAUGCCCAUGUUCCUUUGUGGAAUUAUACAUUAAUAAGAACACAGUGGCUCUUCUCUAUAUGCAUGCAUCAAUUCAUUCUCACUGAUGAGCAAAUAGACCUAUAUGUAGUCCAUCUUGGUGGGUUAACCAUAGACCUGUUCAUUGGCUUUGUAUACUUUUUUGAUGCCACCAGACCUAUAGGGUUUGUCAUAGGCUCAUUAUUCCAUCUCAUGAACUCACAAAUGUUCAGUAUAGGUAUGUUUCCAUGGACCAUGUUAGCAACUCAGCCUGUAUUCUGUCACAUGGACCUGCCGCGUAGACUCUUCAGAAAAAUGCCAUGCUGGUUGACCCCUGUCCUCCCGCUGGACACCGAGGCUCAGCCCAGUGGUCACUGCCUCUACUCCAAAGAGGUGGUCAAACCUGAGGACCAACAAAACAUUAGAACAGAUGAAAGAGAAAAUGGUCACCAGCCCACAAAAAAUGGCAGUUCUUCCAGAUCUGAAAAUAACAAACAAAGAAGACCACUCUUACACAGCUCACCUCAAUUCUUUCACAAGAUGGCUGCCUUGUGCGUUGUCAGCUAUAUCUCCACUCAGUGUUUCCUGCCAUACUCUCAUUUUCUCACAAAGGGCUAUAAUAAUUGGACCAAUGGUUUGUAUGGUUAUUCCUGGGACAUGAUGGUUCACACAUGGUCAUCACAACAUAUCAGAAUUACAUAUGUUAAUAAAGAAACUGGAGAAGUGGGGUACCUGAACCCAAGGACUUUCACUGGAAGCAAGCGCUGGGCAUCCCAUGCGGACAUGUUGAAACAGUUCAGCACCUGUAUUUUAGACAGAUUGAAACUGUACAACCUGACCAACAUAGAGCUUACCUUUGAUAUAUGGAAGUCCAUGAAUAACAGGUUUCAACAGAGGAUGUUUGACCCCCGUGUGGACAUCUUGACCGCAGAGUGGCACCCUUUCAAGGCCACAUCCUGGCUGAUGCCACUAUUGGUGGACCUUUCUGACUGGAGGGCCAAGAUGGAUGAAAUAGAAGACCAAAUUUAUAACAACACCAACACCACCACUGAUGUGGUCUUUGUGGCUGAUUUCCCAGGACUUCACUUAGAGAACUUUGUACAAGCAGAUUUGGGAAACACAAGCUUGACAGUGUUGAAAGGGGAAGUGGUGGUAGAGUUAGUUGAAGAGAAGAAAAAUAGAUCACUGAAGGAAGGAGACACAAUGAAACUGCCACCUGGUAAAUUCCAUAAUGUCUACACUGUGUCUGAAACCCCCUCCUGCUACAUGUAUCUGUUUUGCAAUACCACAGAGGACGAGUUUCUGAAAAAUGUCACAGAAUAUGAGCAACAACUAGAAAAUGAAAAUAGAAUGCAAGAACUGGCUCAAGAGGUAGAGACUGGGGUGGCAGCCACAAGUAAAGAGGAUGACCCACAAAUCCAAAGCUACAGACAGGCGCUGAAGAACAAACUUCUUCAUCAGAUGAAACAAAACUCAACUUUUUGGCAGAGAAGUAAGCAGUUCUGGGCCAAGAAGUACUCAGUGCUCAAGACAAGUGUGACUAUGACCAAGAUGGCGCUGCAGAGUUUCUGGGAAGGUCGACCCAUGGAGGAGCUGCUGGCUGAGAUGCCUAUAGAGGAUGAUCCAGCUGGAGAUGUUAUGACUGAUGAUGAUGAUGACUACUGAUCAGUAGGCCAAUUAGAAGAUUUGAUAAUUGCACUUUUUUGUAACAUUAUUCAAUAUGUCUAUUUGAAAGAUUCAACCCUUGAAAAAAAGUUUUGAAAAUUGUAAAUUUUAGACUGGUAGUUUUCAAAUAUAUGACACAAGAGUAGGGUAUUAAAACAAACAGGCAAUGUUAGUAUCAUUCAGAAUUAAGAAUGUGCACAGUAUAUUUGUAAGGUGGUGUUUUAAUAUCAUGUCGAUAUUUAUGCUUAUUAUUCAAAACCUCCUAAGGUAUCAUAUGUCAGCCAAAGAAGUUGAAUGUUUGAUAUUGUUGACAACUUUUCCAAGUCACAGUGGACAGCAAAACUAAAGGGAUCAAAUUAUAUUGAAUUGAAACACAAAGUAAAAAGUUAAUGUACCAGAACAUGAUAAGAUGCCAUAAUAGACUAUAAUCUAAGGGUGCAUUCCCAGAGAAUCAGAUCGAUCCAGAGAUUUAGAUUUAGAUUGUCCUAACUCCCUGGGG